AUCUAUCCAUCGAUAAUUCGAUAGAACCCAACACCCCAUUCCACUCGCCAUCUCCUCCCACACUACCAGUCAUUCUCAUCCGACUCAACUCUUCUUAACGUAUUCUUUCUCUCUCUAACGUUCUCUAUCGAAGACGCCAUUGUCGUUCGUUAAAGCUCUGAUUCUAGAUUAAAGGCUUCGAGAAACGCGCGGAAAGAGAGUGUUUUGGAGCAAACGCGACCUUUCUUCAGUUUCUCGUUGUCGUAGGUACGGAAAGAUAUUGUGAAUUGUGAUUGAGCUUGCCAUGGCCACAGAUCUGUACUUUGAAGAUACUGUUGCUCAGGAUAACUUUAACAUAGACGAGAAGUCUUUCCCCGGGAAAUGGAAUUCUGUUCCGGAUGAUGGUCCCUCUGGUGGUUUUGAUUGCAACAUCUGUCUAGACUCUGUGCAAGACCCAGUGGUCACACUCUGUGGUCACCUCUACUGCUGGCCUUGCAUCUACAAGUGGCUUAAUUUCCAGAGUGUUUCUUCUGAAAACCAAUACCAGCAACAACAACAGCAAUGUCCUGUUUGUAAAGCUGAAGUUUCUCACACAACUCUAGUCCCUCUUUACGGGCGGCAUCAAACAACUAAACCCUCCAAAGGCAAAGCACCCCAUCUUGGCAUAAUUGUACCGCGGAGACCUCUUGGUCCUGUGUGCGGGGUGGACUCUACGAGAUCACCUAUUUCCAGGGGUAAUCCACCUUCAGCUCAGCAACUCAAUGGUGGCUACCCAGCUUCGGGAAUGCUGGGCCCCGGUGGCACGGAAAUGAAUAUGUUUAGUUCAGUGAUUGGACCGUAUGGAGAGACUUUAUAUGCAAGGGUAUUUGGCAACACAAUUACUAACAUAUAUACUUAUCCGAACUCUUAUCAUCUUGAGGGAAUCAGCAGUCCAAGAGUUAGGAGGCAUGUUAUGCAGGCCGAUAAAUCGCUUGACAGGGUCUCUUUCUUCUUGUUGUGCUGUCUAUUUAUAUGUCUCCUCUUGUUCUAACUUGAUCGUCUGUACUUUUUUGCGCAAUAUAUCCCUGUAAAAAUAUGAGUAGUAGUGUACCACAGCUCUUUAAGAGUCUUAGAAAUGUUGAAUCUCUCUAGAUGUAUGAGUUCCAUCUUCAAUUCAUCUGGAGUUUCAUAUACUAGCUAUUUGAAAUAUUCAUUGUAAAUCAUCAUUUCUGGUUAUGAUCAAAACUUAGGCAGAGGAUUCGCCAUGUUUCUCA